AUGGAAGCCUAUUUUGACAACAAGACUAACAUCGUCAACGCGCGAGUCUGUGCCGUCCUCGACCAAGCUGUGAUGUAUACCGUGGAGACCAAGUUCGAGUUCAAAGGUCGCUUCCGGACUAUUCUACGCGACGAAAACCCCGUGCCAGGCGCCAACGCCGUUGUCGGUGCUAUCAACUGGCGUGACAAGAGCAUCGAGGUGCUUGGGCAUCGCCAGAAGCUAGAAGAGGUGCGCCGCAAGACAGGGAGUCUGUUCAACAAACAGAAGUUUUGGCGGUGGGCGCCGGCGAGGAAGGAGUACGAGCUUGUUUACACGCACGAGGAGUGGAAGGCUACUAUUGAAGACGGCAAGACGAUUGCUGGUCGGUUCUGCAUCCCUUUCCGCCCGCAUCUCUUCCACAAGUCCGAACGGCCGGUGGUCCACCUGACUUCAACCGCGCUUGCCGAAGACGAGGUGUUCUUGCUGCUGGUCUUUCUCUAUGAGGAAGUUAGACGUCAAGACAAGACGAAUACUUCGAUUUCCGGCGGGACUGGGGCCUGGUGA